AUUUAAUUUAUGUUAUAAGAUUAAGUGUAAGGAAAUAAAAGAGUUUAGUUCUAAGAAACUGUAGAUAAACAUUUUGAUGAUUCAUUACCUUUAUUUAUGGAUAUUUUAAGAGUACCAAGUUAAUCAAGAGAGUUUGAUCCUGAGUAUUUAACAAAUGGAUUACUAUUACAAUCAGCAAAAUUAUUCAAAGAAUUAGUGGAAAACUUAAAAUUGAAGAGUACAUAAUAAUAAUAAAUUAGAUGCAAAAAUUGAAUUGCUAACAGAUGAAGGAUUAUCACCAUUUUUAUUUGUGGAAGUGGAAGGAUCAGAUGGAGACACAGAUGGAUCAGUUUUAUUUUAUGGUCAUAUGGAUAAAUAGCCUCCAUUUACAGGAUGGAGAGAUGGAUUAUCUGCAUAUGAUCCAAAAAUAAUUAAUGAUAAAUUAUAUGCAAGAGGUGGAGCUGAUGAUUCAUAUUCAGUUUUAGGAUCAGUGAUAGCAAUUCGAACAAUUCAAGAUUUAGGAUUAAAACAUCCUAGAGUAGUAAUGAUAUUUGAAGCUGAUGAAGAGAGUGGAUCUGAUCAUAUAGAACAUUAUUUGAAUAAAUUAAAAGAUAGAAUUGCUAAUGUAGAUUUAAUUGUAUGUUUGGAUUCAGGUUGUGGUAAUUAUGAAUAAUUUUGGUCAACAACAACUUUAAGAGGAUUAGUAGGAGCUAAUGUAACAGUUUAAAUAUUGAAUGAAGGAGUACAUUCUGGUGAUGCAUCAGGAGUAGUCCCAUCUUCAUUUAGAAUAUUUAGAUAAUUAUUAAAUAGAAUUGAUGAUCCUAAAACAGGUGAAGUUGUAGAUGAUUUUUAAGUUACCAUACCUGGAGAAAGAUAUAUUUAAGCAUAAAAAACAGCUGCUGUUUUCUCAGAAGGAUUAAUUAAUAAAUUUCCAUUACAUUAAAAUACACAACCAGUUUCUGCUGAUCCUUUUAAAGCAUAUAUAAAUAAAGUUUGGAAAGCUUAACUUGCUAUUACAGGAGCAGAUGGACUUCCUCAUGCUUCAAAUGCUGGAAAUGUAUUAAGACCAGAAACCACUUUAAAAUUAUCUGUUAGACUUCCUCCUACUAAGGAUCCAAAAGAAGCUGAGGAAUCUUUUAUUAGAAUUGUAAUUAAUUAUAUUUUAUAAUAGUUAACUACUAAUAUACCUUAUGGUGCUACUGUCAAAAUUGAAGGACUUAAUUCAGGAGCAGGUUUCAAUGCUUUAGAUAAUAAACCUUAUCUUGAUAAACUUAUUGAUGAAGCAUCUAAUUUAUUUUAUGGAAAAGAAGCAGUUACUUUUGGUGAAGGAGGUUCUAUUCCCCUUAUGAACACUCUUUAAUAAUAAUUCCCAUAAGCCCAAUUCAUUAUUACUGGAGUCUUGGGUCCUAAUUCUAAUGAACAUGGACCUAAUGAAUGCUUAGAUUUACCCUAUACCAAAAAAUUGAUUAGUUGUAUUGCUUAUAUUGUUAGUGGAGCACAAUAACAUUUAAAAAAAUGAG